GUAUUUCAUGACAGACCCACCAUUGUGACUCGAAGAGUCCAGGCCGCUGUCCAGGGGGGGGGCACGCACCCACCCACCCAUCUUACUUACUGUACAUCCAUAUCAUCCAAACCACACACCUAACACUUCGCUUAAACUCAUCCAUCCCACACCCACGAAUGGCCUACCACCUAACCGAAGGACGCGCUCUCGCUUGCCCUGUUGUACAGCUAGCUACCAGGGCUAGCUAGACUGAGCGUGCAGCCAUCCAUUCUUCUGCCCCCCCAUAAACACACCCGCCCACUGACAUGACACCCGCCCGUUCAAUUCACAUGGGCAGUUCCUCAAUGGGCGGAUUCUGCGAUCCCGUCUGGUACCGGCGCUGAUAGCCUCCGGCUCGCGACUGGCCGGUCUGUCGCGGCUUGCGCUGCGCACCACCGGAGGGGCUCCACGUGCGGGAGCUGUACGGCUGGUACCCGUUGUCACCCUCCACAGCCGAUGCAGCCGACACGCGGCCGUAGAGGCCCUGCGAGAGGUCUUGGGGCGUGGGAGCCGCCUUGUCGCUGGCCACUGCUGCCGCCGCGGCGUCCAUGGCGUAGCCGGCCUGGUCUUGUGCUGCGGCGGCGUAGUUGUUGUUGGAGGCUUGUCUGUCCUCCGGGCUGUCGAGCAUGACCAUCUCGCCACGGAAGCGCUGAAGCACGACCUCGGUGGUGAAACGCUCGUUGCCUGCAGCAGGCAGGUCACGUGACACACACACACAUCAAGGAAGUGGCUCGGCGUUCGUUGCGGUGGUUGUGGUACUGACCAUCGUUGCCAGCCCAUCUGCGUGUCUGCAGCGCACCCUCCAAGUACAGCCGGCGGCCCUUCCUGGCAGAGGGAGGCGACAGACAGCACAGCACGCCAUGCCAUGCCAUGCCAUGCCAUGCCAGACGACGAUGUGUCGUCUUCCCUCCUGUGUGCAGUGACCCUACUUACUUGACGUAUUUUUCGACGACUUCCACGAGCUGCUGGUCGUACAGGGCGACACGGUGCCACUCGGUGCGAGUCUUCAGCUCACCCGAUGCCUGAUAACACAAGGAAUGAAAGACAAACACCGAACGAGCUGUCUUUCCGUGCUUGCUUCCCCGUCAGUCACUGCCUGCCUGCCGGCCUCGGUGCCUCAGUCACCCGAUCUCUCCAGUUCUCAGACGUCGCCAGAUUGAUGUUGGCGACCUUUUCGCCGUUGGGGAGCAGCCGGAUAUCGGGGUCAGUCCCCACACGACCCAACAAACACACCUUGUUGAUCGACUUCUCCGACUGAAUAAGCAAUCAAUCAGCCAAUCAACCAGCGGCAACAGAGGCGUGUGUGGGCAUUCACACCACCGGCAGUCGGCUCACCAUCAUGAUUCUUGACGGCAGGUUUUGCUGCAUCGGCGCCUUGGGCUGCAUUCUCCUGGUCUGCGUCGCCUUCAUUGAGGAUAUUGGGGUGCGGUGGGUGCGUGCGACUCUCUGAGCACUGAGUACAAAGCUCCAUGCCGACAGCGGCAGCACGACCAGCAGGGCGACAGAAUAAAGCAUCGAUGGAAGACGGCACUCGCAGAUCUUCAUUCUGCAGCUGACGGAGGUGGCUGGCGUAGCGUGGAACAGCUGAACUGGUUGUAGCGGCGGGAGAGAAACCGUU